AUGUUUGAGACAUCUUCCUUCCACGGAUUUCUUCGAGACUUCACGAAACGUCCUUUCCACUCGCGACACUAUUUGCAGCGUUUCCAAACUACAAACGAUCCAGCAAGCAUGGUCUCCCAGCAAGAAAAACGGCCGUUUCGAUUCUUCGAUUUUCCAAGAGAACUCAGGGACCUGGUGUACUGCCAGCUCACGAGAGACGUCAGAGUUCCUCUCCUCAGGAAAGUCUUUCACGGCAACGUUAAAGUCCAAAUCGCAAACUUUCCCAGUCUUCAACUGCAGCUUGUGAGCCGCCGAUUCAGAGACGAGUAUACGCAAGAGACCGCUCACAGUAAACAUCAAGAGCUCAAGAUCGCCGUCCCUGCUCACCUGGUUGGAGGAAGCACUUUCUCUUUCAUGCUUCAAUUGCUUCCCCAGAACGUAAAGCACGGCCUAUCCAGUAUCAAGCACAUGAGGCUGGAUCUUGAAGCUCCGUACUACUAUCUUCAUGAUCGACUGACACUGACUGAGCAUUGGCGACCAGCACGGUAUGCUGUGGAUAUCUUACUUCAACUUCUCCCGUCACUGACCAGAGUCACUGUUCGUCCACACUGCGGGUUGGCUGCAUAUGAAGAGUUUAUCCAGAAGUCUGGCGAUCCGAAUGAGCUCAUAGAGUGCGCUCUUCGGACGUGGCUUCUUCCAGAAAGCCUAAAGGUGGAAGUCCAGGUCAUACUCAUCUUGACCGGCCAACUAUGGCUAUCUAGCAGGGCGGAAUCUAGCCCGUCAUGGGAUGUUGCUAGACAAUGGCAGCCGGACGGGCAUCGUGACAAUAGGAUCGUCUAUGAGGGAAGAUUUUCCGCCAAGCCAUACACUUGGUAUGGACUGGAUUUGAGCGUGGCAUCGUGGGACAGACAUAAUACCUUUGAUGGGGUUAUGAAGGACAUUGAGGCUCAUUUUUCAAAGGGUGGAGGAGACCUUGGCUGGUCUUGA